AGAGCGCGGCGUGGUCUGGGCCUUUCAGCGUCCUCACUAGGUCAGCUGCUCUGGUGGGUAGAAGAAAGCCGCUCCCAUUCCCGGAAGGAAGGUCUCCUACAGAAAGGGAAGGAGGUCCCCUCACCAUGUGGCUGUCCGUGGCGGCCCUUGUGGGCCUGUACUACCUCCUGCGCUGGUACUGGGAGAGGCAGGUGGUGAGCCACCUCCAGGACAAGUACGUCUUCAUCACGGGCUGUGACUCGGGCUUCGGGAACCUGCUGGCCAGGCAGCUGGACCUGCGAGGCUUGAGGGUGCUGGCCGCGUGUCUGACAGAGGAGGGGGCCCAGCAGCUGAGAGGCCAGACGUCAGACAGGCUGGAGACGGUGAUCCUGGACAUCACCAAGACAGAGAGCAUCUCUCUGGCCGCACAGUGGGUGAAGGAGCGUGUGGGAGACAGAGGACUCUGGGGCCUGGUCAACAAUGCAGGCAUUUUUCACCCACAUUGCUACAGUGAGUGGCUGAAGAUGGAGGACUAUAUGGAUGUCCUCAAAGUGAACCUCAUUGGUUUGAUUGAGUUGACCGUGAGCAUGCUUCCCUUGGUGAGGAGAGCACGGGGGAGGAUUGUUAAUGUCUCCAGCAUUCUGGGAAGAAUUGCUUUCUUUGGAGGAGUCUACUGUAGCUCCAAGUAUGGAGUAGAAGCCUUUUCAGAUGUUCUCAGGCGUGAGCUUCAACAUUUUGGGGUGAAAAUCAGCAUAGUUGAACCUGGCUACUUCAGAACCGGAAUGACAGAAUCACAGCGGUGCUUAGAGAAACUAAAGCAAGCCUGGGAAGAAGUCCCUGUGCAUAUUAAGGAAGCCUAUGGACAGAAGUUUUUUGAUACCCAUUACGAUGGUGUUAAACAAGGGCUGUUGAAAUGUAGCACAAACCUGAACCUGGUCACUGACUGCAUGGAACAUGCUUUGACAUCUGUGCAUCCCCGCACUCGAUAUUCAGCUGGCUGGGACUCUCUGUUUUUCUUCAUUCCUCUAUCUUAUUUACCCACAUCACUGUCAGACUACAUAUUGACUAGAUCUUGGCCCAAACCAGCCCAGGCAGUCUAAAGAAAACUGGUGUGAUGGCUCUUGAAAUGAAGAAGACAGAAGUCUGAAAUUGAUAAUUAGUGUCUCAGUAAUCCUUAUUAGGAACUAACAUGUUUAUAUUCCAGAUAUCCAAAGCUUAUUCCUUGAGGUGAUGAAUUUUUACUAUUUUAAGCAUUUUUGAUGAGAAUAUUUCCAAAAUACAUCAUUCUUUGCCUAUGAAACAGAGUAGACUGAAAACAGUUCAACUUGUUUGGAUAUUAUUUCCUUAUGUAAAUGAAUAGUUCUGUGCUAUGAUACACUAUUGCUCGAGGACUAUUGAGAAAUAAAGGGCCUGU